AUGCGGCCAGGGAUGGUCGACUCCGCGGCUGCUGCCGCUGGCGCUGGGCGCGGGGGAGGCGCAAGCCACGCGCAGCGAUUCGCGCCGCAGCCGCACGCCCCUUCGGCGCAGAUGUCCGCCGCGCACCAGCACCAGUUGCGCCAGCAGGCAUCUCCGCAACCCCCCGCUGCCCCCCCGGCGCUCCAUUCGCGCGGGGCCCCUCCCCCAGUGCGCGGACACCGCCCGCGGAUGCGGUCCAUGGGUCAAUUGGCGGAUCUGCUCCCUGCGGACAGAGGGGGAUUCGGGGGCGCAGGGGGCGGGGGUUUCGCGGGGGAUGGCGCAUCAGCUUUGGGGGAUGGAUUGGGGGUGGAUCGGCUUGAUCUGGAAGGGGAGCAAGGGGGAAGUGGUGGAGGUGGCGGAUGGGGAAGUAGCGUGGAGGCGGGUAGCGGCCAGGUGUAUUUAAGAUCCAAUACUGGUUCCGGGCAUGCAUUUUUUAGGUCGCAUAGUGGCAGUGGUAACAGAAUGGACGGCCUUCCCCCUGUUGCGACGGCAAAGCCGCCGCGCGCGCUUAGGAGGGUCAGCAGCGAGUGGGGUGAGCGGGGCGGAGAGGGGGAAGGCGCGGGGGGGCGCGAAGAGGGGAGGAGGCUCAGCGCGGGGGCAGUGGGGGGAAUGAGCGCAGGAGGGGGGAUGGGCGGAGUGCUCAGAUCCGCCAGUGGGGGGAGUAAUGAGAGAAGACCCGUGGGGGGAGUUGCGGGAGGAGCGGGGGGCGGAGUGGGGGGAGGAGGCAGCAUGGGGGGAGGAUUGGUGCGCGGAAGGGGCCAGUACGGGUCAGUGGUGGAGCGGGGGGCGCGGUAUCAGCACCACCGCACCAUGUCCCUCGAUAGCUCCGCGCUCAUGCAAGGCGGAAUGGCCGCCCGCGGAGGGGGCGCAGGGGCGGCGCUGGGAGCAGGGGGAGGGGCAGGGGGAGCACCAGGGGGAGGGGUGGGCGGAGUGGGCGGAGCGGGGGCAGCAGGGGGGGCUGCAGGGAUGGGCGUCGGCGGAGUGGCAGGGGGGAUAGUUUCCCGGGCAGUAGCAGCAGCGGGACCAAGCCCCCGAACGCCUGAGGGGGAGGAUGAAGCGACGAGGGUGCUGGAGCGGGAGUGGCAGAUGGGGUGGGAACAGGAGCGGGAGGAGGAUGAGGGGGGUCUACCUGGGAUCGUGGGGGCGUCUGGGGAGCAUGUGGGUAGCGGAGGCAGGGAGUAUUCUCCUGGUGGCAGCAGCAGUGGGUAUUCACCUGCGACUGUGAGAAGGGGGUCCCUGGGUGACGAGAGGGAGCAGGCGUUUCUCGCGCAGAAACGAAUCGCCUUUCCGCAUAUGCAGCAGCAGCAGCAGUCGCCGCCGCAGCAACAGCAGCAGCAGCAGCAACAGAAUCACUUCCAUCAAGUGCCACAGCAAGUGCCACAGCAGCAGCUGAGUGCGUCAUUCACAGCCCAUGAUGUUGCCAUGGUGCCGAAAGGACUGCGCAUUCAACAGCGACUGGACGCACUGGAGCAGCACAAGCAGCAGCAGCAGCAGCAACCACAGCUCAGUCACCCCUCCCUCCAGCACCAGCCGCAACACCAGCAGCAGCAGCAGCAGCAGGGGGUAGUCAAUGCAGAAACACAGGAGGAGCGGAGGGGGUGGGUGGGGCCGCGGCGGCACCGCGUGGGGAUGGACGCGGUGUUCCGCGCGUUUGUGCUGGGGCAGCCGUACAGCGACAUAGCGGAGCAGUUUGAGGUGCGGCGCCACGAGGUGGUGGCCCUGGGCGAGUUCAGUGUCGUGCGCGUGUGCCGCGAGGUGGAGACGGGCGUCAUGCUGGCAUGCAAGACCAUAGAGAAGGAUUCUAUUCACUCAGCGGAGGAAGCGCGGGACCUGAGGAGGGAGGUGGAGAUGAUGGAGCGAGUGGCGGGGCACUGCAAUGUCGUGCGCCUUCACGCUGUCUUCGAGGACCACGAGAAUAUUCAUCUCGUGAUGGAGCUCUGUCGAGGGGGAGGCCUCUUCGACUACAUGCGUACCAACGGACCACUCACCGAGCGGGCGGCGGCGUCUGUCUGUUUCCAGCUGCUGUCGGCAUUGGAUCACUGCCACGCGUGCGGUGUGCUGCAUCGCGAUGUGAAGCCGGAGAAUGUGCUUCUAGCGAGGGCUGAGGGGGACUUUGGCAGCAUCAAGCUCAUCGAUUUUGGAAUUGCCGCUGAGCACCAACCAGGCGUGCGCAGCAGCACCCUGUGUGGCACGCCUCUCUAUCUCGCACCAGAAACCCUUGACGGAGUCUGGUCUCCACAGGCUGACGUGUGGGCAGCUGGCGUCGUCUCAUAUGCAGCGCUCUGUGGCGUGCCGCCCUUUUGGGCAGAAACCAAUGAGGGGAUUUUCCGAGCCAUUCGCUCCGAGCCUCUGCGCUUUGCCGCAGCAGCCUGGGUCGGCGUGUCCGAAGCUGCCAAGGACCUUGUUCAGGCAAUGCUGGAUAAGAACCCGCACCGGCGAAUCACAGCACAGCAAGCUCUUG